AUGGGUUCAUCCUGGAAGCAUGUUGAGCAAGCAAGCUGUGUCGGAACGAUGACGGAUGGGCAGAUGCGCGCUGAACGGGGCGAGGAUGCAUCGUAUCUCAGUGAAACUUGGUAUCCGUGGUGCAACAGUGUGCUGAUGACUGUCCUUUCCAAAUUGCAGCGUCUUCCGGAGAGUACCUCCAAUUUCCAGAAUGUUCUGUAUGCUGCUACUACAGUUGCUUCGCUCCUAUUUGUUGGUGCAUUUGUCAGUGCAGCCAGAAAGCAUGGUGAAUAUGCAAACUGUAUGAUUAGAGAUGGUUAA